GGCAACAUUGAUUGUUAAAAAAUAUCACGGCCGUUGUAUGUUGACUGCGUUUGCAAUUAUCAAUUUUAUUUUGAGUAUUUACUCUAAAUUUUCUGUGCUCCUAUAUUUUAAUGAUAUCAUGUUCGAUUAUUAAUUGUUGUUAACAGAAAAGUUCCAGCUGCUGUUCGAAACAGUACAAUAACACCAUGUAUUACGAAGACGAGGAGAGACUGCUCAAUCCGGAUUUAUUUCACGUUUUUCGUCGUGAACUGUAUGCCAUUAAUUCGGACCUUGAAGUCACCCUCGGCUUGAAAUAUGUGCCCACCCAUACUGAAGAUGGAAUACCUAUCAGAAAGCUGUAUGUUUCAAAUUUACCUCCUAAGACAACCAGAUCAGAGCUUUUUGGUGUGUUUGCUCAGUAUGGGUUUAUAAAAAGCUGUUGGCUGCGUAUGGGUGACAAAGGUCCAAACAGGCCACCAACUCCUACAUAUGCUUUUGUGACCUUCAGCAACCCUGCAGAUGCACAUAAAGCACUUCAAGCCCCAAUUCACGAGAAAACAUUAAGAGGUCGGAAUUUGAAGAUAUCUCCCGCGGACAGUUGGCACCAGCCCACUGAGGAUGCUGAUGGGCGCGGGCGCUGGAAGCCACGCGGUCAGCGCCGGGCCGACGGAAACACAUCGUCCUCAGAAAAUGGUGUGCAAGAACAUGACAUCAAUAACAUUGAUCGAGUUUCGGAAAAUGGAGACGAAGCUAUGGCCACAACCAGUACAACAGAAGUUCCUGUGAAUGUUGAAUUACAGGACCAACAAAAAUGUACUACUGACAAUGAGUCUUGUUAUACCAUACUGGAUGUUUUAAACAGGGACUGCCUAACACACAUUCUGGCAUACAUUCCUAUAAGAGACUUAAUAAGAUCAGAGAGAGUCAGUAAAACUUGGCAAAACAUGGUGCGUGAAUAUCUCCAAGGUAUCCGGAUUUUCAAGACAUCUUGGUGGCAGCACGUGACGGUGAUGCUGACGACGGCGGUGUUGCGGCGCAUCCUGCAGCGGGUGGGCGAGUCCCUCACGCGCCUGCACAUCGACCACCACUGGUCGGCGCUCAACGACCGCACUGCGCACAUCGUCGGCAAGUUCUGCCCUAACUUAGAAGAGCUUAAGAUUGUUGGAAUGCACACACGAAAUUGGAAUCCAUUAAUCUAUGGAUGCAAAGAACUAAAAAGUUUGUCCUUUGUAUCAUGCAAUAAGCUUACGGAUUCAAGUUUAGUACAACUAGUCAAAAGUGAAUCAUGUAUAGAAAGUUUAACCGUUGCCAACAAUACCCAUGUCACAGGCCUGUUCCUCACAGGAUCUAAUCCACAAAAAUUGAACUCUCUGGCGUUUUAUAACUGCUAUAGCCUUCAAGGAACAGUGCUUAGUGCUGCUAUCGACACAUUGCCACAACUGACCACUCUUAAAUUAGAUGUAUGUCCAUAUACAAUGUGGAAGAUAAUACCUUUGAUUUUAAACAAACUUCCUAAGCUUGAAGAACUGUCGUUGAGUGAAUACAUCUCUGUUGAGAUGUGUUUCUCGCCGCAAUGUAACGAUGCAUUCUGUGACGCCCUCGCCACCUUAACGGAAUUGAAAAUACUGAACUUAAGUCGCAAUAUCUACAUAACGAACGCCGUCUUGAAACGUGUGGCCCAGUCUUGCCCUAAACUGGAGUCAUUGAACAUUUCCAGCUGUAACUCACGGCGAAGCUUACCACACCCAGAGGCCGGUAGUAUAGCGCGUACCUCGACAGGCGUGGGCGACGAGGGCGUGGCGGCGGUGUGCCGCGGGUGCCGCGGGCUGGCGGCGCUGGACGUGUCGUACCUGGGCGCGCUCAGCGACGCCGGCAUGCGCGCCGCCGCCGCGCUGCCGCGCCUGGCGCGCCUCACCGCGCGCGGCAACCCCGCGCUCUCCGCCGCCUCGCUGGCCUGCUGCCUGGCCGCCUGCCCGCUGCUCGAGGAGCUGGACGUGUGCGGCUGCGACGCGGUGUCGGAGGAGCUGGUGUGCGCGGCCGUGCGCGCGCUGGCGCAGCGGCCGCGCGCGCUCAUCCUGCGCGUGGCCGGGACCAACGCGCUGCCCAACGAGUUGGCGCGAGACGAGUACCCUUCGCACAAGUUGUUGACGGUGGACCACCUGGACGACCGCAGCAACCCUCACCUUCGGCCAGACUUCGUGGACCAUAUGUUUGACGAUAGCUCCGACGAUUCAUUCGCCGAUAUCUACGAUCAGGACGACUUCGAUGAAUUUUUUGGACAAGAUGACGAUCUGUUUCUGGAUGAGGACUUGGACGACUUCGAAGGACUUUACCAGUUCGGCCUCCACGCGCCCGACAUUAUCCUGCUUUAGGCGGUGUUCCACUAGCUUCGUCACUAUACUCACAGCUUUAUAUAAUUUCAACACAAUUGUUUACAACAAGUUAAGUUGCGAUGUUAUCCAACAUGGUUUAUGUUAAUACUUACACAUAUUGAAGGAAAUAUUUUAGAAUUAGUCGUUUUGUUCCAGUGGUUUGUUUAUAUUUCUUGUAAAAAGUAAAUCAAGGUUUUAUUUAAGGCCGAUUUUUAUUUUUCAUUUCUAAUUUUGCAUGUUCGUAUGUACCUUAUUGUAACAGUUAUUAUUUAUGCAAAUGAGAGCAUCAUUUUUUAUUUGAAACAUUAAUAUCUGGCUUAAUUGUUUCAAAAUAAUGUAAUUUUAAGAAGUGGGUUUUAUCGUAAAGCACGAGCAUGCUUAACUGGAUCUUUAAACUAAUACGAUUCCGUUUAUAUCGAGCUCUUAGCAAAUAAAACUUGGCUCUGUUUCGUAGUCACUAGUAAUAUAAGCAGUACCCAUUAUAUUAACUGUUUUGCUUGUGCUAUGAACUAUGAACCAUCCAAUUACUGACUAAACACUUUUGUAUGAAACGGCUCGCCACGGGCAGCUUUAAAUUAUACAGCAUCAGAUAAUUCUAUAUCAGCGCGACCGCUGGUGUUGUAUAAAAUCUAAAUCACAAAUCGUACUUAAUAUUUUGUGUCACAAUUUACCUUAACUUUGUUGACACGGCGUCCAUCCGUACAACAGAGUUUAGCUGAAUAAGUUCCAGAAAUUAAUAAUGAUUUAAAAGAAUUUUGUGCCUUUAAAGCAAUACUGUAAUUAAUAAAUAGAAAACAUAUAAUCUUGUUAACGUAUAUACACACAAUAUUUUUAGUUGUUUUUUUUAAAUACCGGUAACAUGAACGUAAACGCAAUUUUUACCAUCAGCUGUGAAGCCAGUCGCUCUAUAUCAUUGUGAAUAUUUUUACCGUAUGGCAAGUUCUAUUAAAUCGCUGGUCGUAGUGUUCAAUAAACAUACAUGGUUAGGCUGUUGAACCUGAAAUCUAUUAAUGUAAGACUUUAAUUGUUAUAUACUUAUCUGUGAUCAAACAUUAUUUUCGCAACACGAAGUCCCUCACCUCAUCUAGCUGUAGCCAUUAUCGUUUAUUUAUGUAUAAAACGUUUUGAUGUAUCGUAUUAUAACUAUAAGCAAAGUCUGAAAUAUUGUGAUAAAAAUAAAUUAUUCAAACCUCAAUUUUGAUUUUAUGCGAACAUUAUUGUAUUCUAUUGAUUACACUGCAAUGAUAAAUUCAAGUUAAUAUAGUUGAAAAGAUAGUUGCUUAUAACUUCAGCUUGAAUAUUUCAUGAAAAAGAUUGUCCUUGUUUAUUGAUGUAUGCAAUAAAUUAUAUUUAGAGAGUUAUAAUAAAGCUUGUAUAUCUAAUACCAUACUUCCAUUUAUUGUUAAAAUAUUAUGCUAAUGUAAAGGAAGCAACAAAAAUCCUUACUAUUCAUACCUCAUAGGAAAUAAAUGAAAUACAAAAAAUUUAACCAGUUAUGAAACAAUUACCGUUAAUAAUAAAUCAACUAAUUGAAAUGUGAUAUUGUGAUUUAUGAAAAUUUGAGUGCUCACAUAUUCUCUUUCGCCAGCUUAAUAUGAUUUUAUAUUACGUGACCUAAUAUUUUAACUGAAGAAUUAGUUAUGCAAUUUUUGUACUUAUGAGUGUUGAGUUUAUUGAUUUGAUUCAAGUAACAAUGAAUAUAUAUCAUAAAUUAUCAUAUUGAGCUGGUUUUACUAGAUAAGUUGUUAAUCCAAGUAAAAAAGCAGUCAAUAAUAGAGGUGUUGCGAGUUUUUUCUCUUAAUUUAGACAGGAAGUUUUAAGUUUAGAGUCUUUUUUCAGGUGUUUUUAUUACAUUACUGUAACUUUAUGAUGUUUUCACUUUAUAAGAACUUAAUUACCUAAUCAAAGUGGUGAUUUUUAUUUGUUUUUAUUAAAGAAUGAUUUUUGUUUUAAUCACAGUUGGAAAAUCAAUUACUAUUUAUAUUUUUUAAGACUUUAUUAGACCCUUGCCGAAUAACGCUUUUAAUUUACUGGGCAUUAGAGGAAAGUUUUUGUUAGUUGGGACAAUCUUAGUUAUGAAGGAUGCUGUUAGUGCAGGACAAACAUUCACUCGAUGUUUGUGGAGUGCAAGCUGUGUUUAUUUUAUUGAGCUUACAUGUUUUUAUUCUACAUCAGAGUUGUUACUGCGUUUUGUGUGCGUAUGUUUUAUACGUCUUUAUUUAGUAAAGUGGUUUAUUUCGAUUGUCUUUGUGUUAUAUAAAAACAUGUAAGCUGUACUUUUGCUUUUUUACUUGUAACAGUGAUGUUAGUUAAAUUUUUCAUUAUUCGACCUCUGAUAACUAGAAUGUUAAAAGGUUUUGUUUGUUGGUUUGUUUCAAUAUAUUCUACAUCAUCGUCACUCGUUUCUGAAUGUGUUCAAUGUUGUAAUGUUUAUAGAUGAAUAUAUAUUAUGUGUAUUUGCAGGGUUCACUUAGUGGUGAUUUAUGUUUUUAGAGUUGCAUUUUGGUCAGAAACCUAAAGCAUGAGAUGAUUUGUAAAACUUAAUAGUUUUUAUACAUUAAUUGUUUUAACAUAUUAGUAAGUACCGAAAUACAAAAGAUUUUCUUCAACA